GACCACAAAGUCCCACAAUCCUCCGCGCCGCUCGCCGCUCGCCCAGAAGGUGACAGCGGACGGCGAACAUGGCGUCCGCCUACCUCACUCACCAGCAGAAGGUGAUGCGGCUCUACAAGAAGUCCCUGCGACACCUGGAGUCGUGGUGCAUCUUCAGGGACAAGUACCGGUUCUACGCCUGCACGCUGCGCGCCCGCUUCGACGAGAACAAGUUGGAGAGGGACAUGGUAAAGGCCACCUUGAUGCUGAAGUCGGGGGAGGAGGAGUUCUGGUCCAAACAGCACCCGCAGCCCUACAUCUUCCCCGACUCUCCCGGCGGGACGUCCUACGAGAGAUACGACUGCUACAAGGUGCCGGAGUGGGUGCUGGACCACUGGCACCCCUCGGAGAAGGCCAUGUACCCGGACUACUUCGCCAAGAGGGAGCAGUGGAAGAAGCUGAGGAUGCAGAGCUGGGACAGCGAGGUCGCCCAGCUGCAGGCUGAGACUCCAGCUGGAGGCCCCUUGACCGAAGCCCUCCCUCCCGCCCGCAAGGAGGGCGACCUCCCCCCUCUGUGGUGGCAGUACGUCACCCGCCCCAGGGAGCGUCCCACAUAAAGAACCCCUCCACCCCUGCAGUCCGAGGGGGGGAGACCCCAUCCCAACCGCACCACAGCAGCACGGAAAACAGAACAUGUGACCUCCGAAAUAAAUUAUCUUCUGUGUCGUCAUCUCUGAGGAGAGUCGCUUCUCGGUAGUCGGUUGUAGGAGGUCGCUGACUUUUGAGAAGUCCUGUACAUGCAUCACUGAAUUCCUCUAACUGUUCCAAUAAAUGUGUAAAGAAAA